CAUUUCUUCCGGCAUUAGUGACCACGUGGCUACACGCCCUUGCAGUCGCUGUUACCGAAAUGUGAUUGGUUCAAAGGUCUGGCUGUCAUACUGAUGCCCCGCCUCUUGCUGAAACCAGUCCAGUGUGGGAGAGGAUGCUGGAACAGUCAUCAGACCAACCUCAAUCUGAUUAAAGGAAUCAUUUAAUGUUGAUUGCAGCUGAUCACCCUUGACUGCUGAUUUCUUCCUUCAAAUGGUAAGCGUUCAUCCUAUGGAGAGCUCCCUGGUUGGACACACUACACACUCGCUAAGGAGACCCGCAUCUCUGGGUAGUCUUUCAGAUCAUGCCACGAACGAGAAUGGGAUGAGAACCAGUACAGACAAGCGGCAUUACAGACCACCUGUACCGAUCUUACUGGGUUAUGAAGUCAUGGAAGAAAGGGCAAAGUUUACGGUCUACAAGAUCUUGGUGAGGAGAGCGCCUGACGAGAGCUGGGUGGUUUUUCGGCGCUACACAGAUUUCUCCAGACUCAAUGACAAGCUCAAAGAGAUAUUUCCCAAAUUUAGACUCUCUCUGCCACCCAAGCGUCGCUUUAAAGACAACUACGACAUGAAGUUCCUGGAGGAGAGACAAGUGGGCUUGCAGGCUUUCCUCCAGAAUCUGGUCGCUCAAAAAGACAUGACUAACAGUGAUUUAGUGAGAGGGUUUCUGUGCUUGGACGACCCACCUGGUCCCUUCGAUAGUCUGGAAGAGAGCAAGGCCUACUGUGAGACCCUGGAGGAGACGAACUAUCGGCUGCAGAGGGAGCUACAGGACAAGCAGCAGGAAAUCCAAUCUCUUAGACGAAUCUUGGAGGUUCGAGACCUCCAAAUCAGCGGGCUGGAGAAAACCAAGAACAUCUGCGACGAGUUAAGUGAAGUCCACGACGUGUGUAGCGAGACCGUGAAGGUAGACGCUCACACAGAGCCUGAAACGGAAGCAGCAGGGACAGACGAUGCAGGCAACCCAGGCAGCAGAUUGGACCUCCAGUUGGCAAAGAGAAGCCACGCAGCUUGCUGGAGCGGUUCGGCCUCUGAAGACAACAAAUGUUCGAGCUUCCCCAGAUCAGCAGAUCUUAAGGACCAGGCUUAGAACUUCCAUCAUCUGCAUUCUGGAAAGAUAUAUUUGGAUUCUUGGAAAUUACUUCAACAGAUCUAAACACCUGGAGCAAAAAUGAUCUCUGGUGAUAUUUACAAGCCACAACUGUUUUUAUUUUUUUUUCUGUUCUUGGCAGAAAUAUGUUGGAGUGGUCUGAACAGCUGGGAUGAGAAAGAUCAGAACUAUUUACAAGGCGAGAAGUGAUGGCGUCUUAGAUGUUACCGAAUGCAGAUUUUGAGCAGUGCCUUUUUUAUCUUUAAAUUCACCAAACAGCAGAUUUUUAGAAGAGUACAUCUGGAGUCGGUUUUAUUUUAUUUUCUAGAGGGCUUGACUGUAUUUGGAGUGCUUUUGCGUGUGUGUGUAUGUGCUUAUUAAUCUAUUGCUAUUAAGGUGUAUAUUAAUUCGCUUGCAGUAAUACUGUGCAUUAUAGUUUCCAUAGUUACAGCUCGUUCAGGGAAUAAGUAGAUUUUCAAUGCUGUUCUUUAACAAAGAACAAUAUGUACAAUCAUUGAUAUGGCGAAGUUUUCUGUAAGGAGAUUUAUGGAAGGAGUCUCCAGUGUCAGCGCUUUGUAACAGUCAGUAAGUUUUCCGCUACGAGACUUUGACUUUACAGUUUCUCUGAAACAUCACCAAUCUCCAUCUUUUGUCUCAUUUAUAAGGGAGAGAGAAAAAAAUGCAUUUGUUUCAGAGAUGUCCAACAACAUUCAAUGGAAAUAUAAACAGUUAAAACUAUGAUGUGUCUUUGACUAAUAAAGAAAAAUUGGUCAUUUUGGAAAAAUUGCUGCAUUUGGUACAUCACAACACCCGGUCAAUGAUUAUUUUCCUAUAACAGCACACACGCUCCCCAUGUAUUACCCACAAUGCCAUUUGACUGCCUGCUGACAGUGGUGCCAAUGGGACUUAGCUCUUGCUUCAUCUUUAUGUAAACUUCCAAAGCUUCAACGUUCCGAGCCGAGCCGAGUCUCUGCCGUACAGCUGCGUUGCACUCUGGAAAAUCCAACGUUUGGACUAAUUAUCUCCACGACACGUCUUAUUAAUGUGAUGUUGAACAUCACUAGAAAAUUGUGAGUAAGAAAAGAUGCUCUUGCUAUUUUGUUUGUAGGUGGAGCUCUUGGACUCGAGUCCAAUCACAAGAUGUUUUCUAUAUUGACGUGGACUUGUGUCUGACUUAUUGCCAUUGUAUUUAGGCAUUGUUCUCGCUAAAUAUGGUCUUGGUCUAAACUGAGAACUGUAAUGAUGGUGUUUUUACUUUUCACAUGCACAAAAGUUGACAGCAGUAAUUCUUUGUUCUAGAAAACAGCCUAAUCAAUGGCUUAGUGCACGAAUGAAGCCAAAUAGUUGUGAAAUAAAGGCUUGAAAGGGAUUUGA